AUGUUAUUCUUUCAAGAGUUUGAUUUGGAGAUCCGAGACAAGAUUGGGGUGGAGAACAAAGUGGCAGAUCAUUUGUCAAGAAUCCAGGAGAAAGAGCUUCAAGAUAGUCCUGACAAAGAAAUCAACGACUAUUUUCCUGAUGAAAAAGUGAUGUCUAUUCACGUCCCUCCAUGGUUCGCAGACUUUGCCAAUUACAAAGUUGUGAAGGAGUUACCUGCUAAUCUCACUGGGCAACAACAAAAGAAAUUUCUGCGGGAUUUAAAGAGGUACUUCUGGGAUGAUCCAUAUCUAUACUUUCAAUGUGCUGACGGAAUCAUUCGUAGAUGUGUUCCUGAGUUUGAGACGACCCAGAUCUUGUGGCACUGCCACUCUUCUGAAUAUGGAGGUCAUUUUGGAGGCAAUAGGACUGCUCAGAAAGUCCUGCAAAGCGGUUACUACUGGCCAACACUGAUCAAAGACGCCAGAGAAUUUGUCGAAAAAUGUCGACAAUGCUAUAUCAGUGUCAAACACAGAGUUACUACACCAUACCAUCCACAAACCAGUGGACAAGUUGAAGUUUCAAACAGAGAAAUAAAGAGAAUCUUAGAAAAGACAGUGGGAAACUCUCGGAAGGAUUGGGCUAAGAAGCUUGACGAUGCACUGUGGGCAUACAGAACUGCAUUCAAAACCCCCAUAGGCAUGUCACCGUAUCAAUUGGUGUAUGGCAAAGCUUGUCAUUUGCCUGUGGAGUUGGAAUACAAGGCCUUAUGGGCCACAAAGUUUUUGAAUUUCGAACCAUCAGGAGCUCGGGAGAAAAGAUUACUUCAGUUAAAUGAGCUAGAUGAGUUCAGAAGAACUGCAUAUGAAAGUGCAAGGAUUUACAAGGAGAAGACUAAGCGGUGGCAUGAUAGCAAAAUCAAGCACAAAGAGUUUGAACCAGGACAACAGGUAUUAUUGUACAACUCUCGACUGAGGUUGUUUCCAGGUAAACUUAAAUCACGUUGGUCUGGUCCUUUUAUUGUGAAGACAGUCUUCCCAUAUGGGACAGUAGAAAUCUCCCCUCUCAAAGAGGACAGACCUUUCAAGGUCAAUGGAAAUAGAUUGAAAAUCUAUUAUGGAGAACAAACACCUAGAGACACAAUUUCUGUCUCUUUAGUUGCACCUGAACCUUAA